GAAUACACAUCAACUUCUAGGCUACUUCCUACAUGCACGUGAACACACAUACAAACAUCCACACACACACACACGCCGCUGCUAUAACUUAUCUUUUCACGUUGCGCAUUUACGCAGAUUUAAAACCAGAACGUGUCGCUGAUACGUCUUUAUUUCUCUGUGUGUGUGUGUGUGUGUGUGAGAAAGUAACUCUCUUCUCUGUUUUAGUUCCUGUCUCCGCUAUAAUUGCAACACUUCGCUGCCUUUCAAAAGUUAAACAUUAGGCUACCACGGGACUUUAUUUCGGGGCUCAUUAAUUAUUCAUACAGACAGAGACACACACACACAGGAUCAAACGGGAAGACUUCCCGGACCACCGGGGACCGUCCCGGUGCGCCGCCGUUACUCCUGGAGAUUUACAGCCGCGGCCGAGCCCUGACGCGGGCCGUUAAUCAUCAGAGCUCCCGGUGCUGCGGUGCUAACCGGAAGACACACGCACAGCAAGACCCGGGGUACCCCAACAGUCCCGUCCGGACCCGCCCCGCGCACAGUUCUGCUACCGCCCGUCCGCCGGGACGCUCAGCUGAAUAUCACCGAAUGAUCCAUCCCGACCUGGCAGACACCGAGCAGACCUUCCAGACCGGCUGUCAAUGGCGUCUUUAAUCUGCACCCUCCUCUUCCUCACCCUCGUGGUGGGCGGGACUACAGCAGCUGUCGGUCAGGCCAGCCAAUCAGAGCCCAGGUGUUACGACUGGGGGGAGUCCAGCGAGCGGGCGGUGUCGGUCCUGGAGGGCGAGGCCGGCUGGCUCUCCUGCCCUCUUUUCUCUCAUCCCUCCGUCUACAACUACACCUCCAUGCAGAGCGCCGGGCACAACCUCGUCUGGUACCGCCUCCCAGAGGGCCACGAACUGGAGCAGCCAAUCACGUACAGCGCACGGCUCACCAGAGAACGAGAGAGGCUGUGGCUGCAGCCGGCCACCGCUGACGACACCGGCCUCUACAUCUGCAUGCUACGGAACAAUUCGUCCUGCAGUAAGAUCGGCAUGCGUCUGAAGGUGCUGCGGCCCAACGAGGUGGUCCGUGGUGCUGACUGCGAGCCUCUGGUUGCCGUGGCGCCCACUCAAGAGGUCAUCCCUCUCCAGGAAGGGAAGAUGCUGCACUGUCCAGACCUGCAGGAAGCCGGAAAGAUGGUUGACAAAAACACAACCGUCACAUGGUACCAUGUAUGGAGAAGCCACUCGGGAAUCAGGUGUACAAAGGCUCCGUUCUGGCACAACGAGCGUGAGCAGAAAGGAUUGAGUCUGGAGUUCCACAACAUGAUUGUACCUUAUCAGGGUUUAUAUUUCUGCACGGUGCACUUACAGAGGAAAGGCCAGACCCUCAACUUCACCCGCAGCAUCAACGUCAGCGCAGUCUAUCCGUCUAGUUUGCCCAAAAUACCCAGCAUCCUAAACCCGUCUGCCCACCAGGUCUUCACUGUCAAACAAGACACGGAGGUGCGUCUGGUGUGCACGGGUCUGUUCCCCUUCCUCGACUCCUGGUGGGAGAUCUGGUGGACGGUCGAUGGGAAGACGCUGGAGAAACUCGCCGACAACCGCUUCACCAACAUCAACAGACAGGUGAAGUACGACUUCGGGGACCGGACGGAGGAGAGUGUGCUGGUGAUCAAGGACUUCCAGCCCGAGGACCUGCACCGGGAGUUUAACUGCUCCGUGAAGAAUGAGAAGGGCUUCGAGACGCGCCGGGCUCAGCUGCAGGAGGAGGUGUCGCUGCCGUCGAUGGAGCUGGGCUGCGGUCUGGGCGUGACUCUGGUCCUGAUGCUGCUCCUCUUCGUUGUUUAUCACGUCUUCUGGCUCGAGCUGCUGCUGCUCUAUCGCUCCUGGUUCGGCACCGACGAGCGGCACACAGAUGAUAAGGAGUACGACGUGUACAUCUCGUAUGCGAGGAGUGGCGAGGAGGAGCAGUUUGUUCUGUCGACGCUGCGCAGCGUUCUGGAGAACGAGCUUGGGUACUCCGUGUGUAUCUUCGACAGAGACAGUCUGCCGGGAGGGACCAUCACAGAUGAGACUCUGAGUUUUGUGGCCCGUAGCCGGCGCCUCCUAGUGGUCGUUAGCCCCGGCUACGCCUCCCAGGGCUCCCAGGCUCUGCUGGAGCUGAAGGUCGGCAUCGACAGCAUGGCGCGGGGCGGGCACCUGCGGGUGAUCCUGGUCCAGUACAAGCCGGUGCGACGGCAGGGAUGGGUGCGGGAGCUGAGGCGGGCCCGCGUGGCCCUGGCUCUGGUUCGCUGGCAGGGGGACAAGUCCCGGGAGCUCACGUCCCGCUUCUGGAAGCGCCUGCGGGUGGAGUUACCCGUGAGGAGGGUUAGCGGUGGGGAGGGGGUGGCUCUGAUGAGGCUGCACAGUCAGAACAGCACAAACUCCCAAACCGGCCUCAUCACCAACACGGUCAAAGACACGCAGAAAGUGUUCAACUCUGCAGCGUAACGUUGUGUUGUAAACAUUCGGGGCUCAGCCCAAACAUAGUGGGGGGGGCCAUCUAUACGCACUGUUUCCCAUGCAGUUUGAUAACAGAAUGCCUUAAAAUCUGUAAAUCAUUUGGGAAAACAUGUGGAGCCUACAUGUUUCUAUUUGUAAGUUACAUAACAUAGGGAGGGUAGGAAUUAGAGCCUGACCGAUAAAGGACUUUUAAGGCCGAUAUCAAUACAAAUAUUUGGUGAUUUAAAAAUCCGAUAUUCCGAUAUAUCGGCCGAUAUAUUUUAAAAGAAAUCCAGAAACGCGUAACAAAACAAACAGAUUUCUCUAUAAUUUGUUACAUCUCACUAAAAUAUGAUAAUGCAGUUUAAAAAUAAACUUUUUAUUGUCACAACAGAACUGAGGAACAUCAAAUUAUAUA